AUGUGUAGUCGGGGUGCUAAAAUAUUAGCCUUGUUGAAAUAUAACGAAGAGCAAAGAGAGGAACAAUCAGAACAUUCAUUCUUGACAACACUGCCAAUGGUGUCCAAACGCAUAGAGAAUGAAGAAAAUAAUUCUCAAAUGCCCGAUGAUGAGAGUAUAAUAAUAAUGGACCAAGGAAGAUCGGAGAUGAAUAGUAUCAAGCCGGCUACUUCUGACAAUGAGCUGAUAGAACUUCAAAAUUUUUCAACAAUGAGAGGCCCGCUAUAUGUAUUAAACAACAGCGAUUUAAAUGUUCCAACCACCAGCACGUUUGAACAAUAUGAAGACAAUUUUAGCGACUGUGAUGAUUCAAUUAUUGAUAAAAACUAUGAACCAAACAUAAGCGAUCUAUCGGAUGCUAGUUCAAAUUUUGAUAUAGAACAAGAAGCAGAACAUCAGACAGAGCCUGAAAACUGGAAGCGACAAAAAAAUAGAAAAUUACGAGAUGAAUGUUUACCGUACAAAAAUUCCAAAGGAAUUGUUCAAGUGGCUAAGUUACCAAAGCCCGUGGAUUGUUCAAAAUGCAAAUUAAAAUGCACGGAAAAAUUUUGUGAGGAAGAAAGAAAAUCAAUAUGUAAGAAAUAUUGGAUUUUGGCUUCGUAUGAAAGAAAAAAAGACUUUAUACUAUACAAUGUGACAAGUCAUGUGCCCUCAUCAAAACGCCCCCGUAAAGAAAAUGCUAGAAGAAGGCAAAAUUACAAAAAUUACCAUUUUAAUAAAGAUACCGAACAGUUACAGGUUUGUCAAAACUUCUUCAUAAAAACGUUAUGCAUUUCAAAUCGUGUAAUAUUGUCUGCCUUUGAAGGAAAAGAUGAAAUGGGCCAUUUUAGAAGUAUAGACAAGAGAGGAAGAAAACCUCCCGCUAAUAAAACCAAACCUGAAGUUAUUGCAAAAGUAAAAACUCACAUAGAGAGCUUUCCCGCUAUGGAGAGCCACUAUACCCGCAAAUCCAGUGAAAGAAAGUACUUGGACUGCAAUUUAAGCAUCACAAAGAUGUAUGAUUUAUACAAACAACAGCUACAACAGGGUGGUGACACAAAAAUCGUUAGCCUAAUUACUUAUCGUAGAAUAUUCUGCGAUAAUUACAAUUUAUCUUUUUUUCAUCCAAAAAAGGAUCAAUGUUUAAUAUGUUCAAGAUAUCAGCAAGCUAGUCCUGAAGAAAAACAACGCCUGCAGGUGAGUUAUGAACAUCAUUUAAGAAGAAAAAACGAAUCCCAACAGGCUAAAGCAGAAGACAAGGAGAGGGCAAAAGUGGAUGAAUCGUUCAUGUCAGUAACAUUCGAUCUACAAAGUGUGCUGCAAAUCCCGUCAUCUGAGUACCGGUACGACCAUAGUAGUGAGUAUGUCGGCAUCCAAAUUUCAACUACUCGACGUGGAAGAAGACCAGUUCAAGAUCAACCGUUUAAAGAUGGCUUACCCAAACUAUAUCACGAAAACCUAAAAAUUAGUAAUGCCAAAAAAGAAGACUUGUUGACGAUGUGCAAUAAGGGGGUAAUUCCAGUUUUUCCAGAGUAUACAAUCAGAUAA